AUGGCAAACAACAUGCGCCACGACGACGCCAUUGCCAGGACAGGCCAGGAGAUGGGCGCACUCUUUGACCAGUUUUUCGAAAGCAUUGAAACACUGCGGCUGAACCGCACCCAGCCCGCUGCCAGCGACGUCAACGCAACGAUAGCAAACAUUUCGUCCAACCUGUGGACUCCGCGAAUUGAGAGCCACGAAGACAAACACAGAAUCACAAUCAGGGCAUGGUUGCCCGAUGUGCCGAACAGCCAGAUCCGCAUUGACACGGGGACACACGGUCGACUGAAGAUUUACGGCGAGAGAAACAGCCAGGUGGUAUAUGAAAGCGGCACCGACAGAAUCACCGAGCGCCAGCUUGGGCAGAUCGAAAAAAGCAUACCGCUGCCGCCUGAAGCACUGGUCGACCAGAUAACGGCACUCGACGAUGGACCCUGCCUGGUAAUCACAGUCCCAAAGGCAGCAAAAGCUGAUAAUGGUGCUUAA